AUCGAUUCUACUUUCUGUCCUUCACCCCCCGGGCAACACUUUUUAUUGUGCAUGUUUGACGCGAACACGGCAUGACACCACCGUUAUUGGGGUCGGGGUCGACUCCCCAGCCCGUAAGAGCGUGUAUCUUCGACCUCGACGGUUUGUUGAUCAACUCGGAGACUUUGUUGACUGAGGCCCGGAACUCGACUUUGGCGGAAUACUCUCGACCCUCGAUGUCCGGGACGGUGAAAGCGUCGCUACAAGGUCGAUCGGCACAAGAAUCGACUCGGAUCUUGUACGAGAGUGCGAAUUUCUCUUCUUCCACGAAAGUUGAAGAAGCCAGGACGACGACGACGACGACGACGCCGACGCCGACGAUGGAAGAAUUUCAGAGUCGAUUGGAUCGACGAUUACGAGAGGUGUUUGGUACUACGAGAUUGAUGCCGGGGGCUGAAAAGUUGUUGAGGAAUUUGACAAGAGCGACGACGACGACGACGAGUGUGGUCGGGGACAAGGGAGGCAGUAGCGGUGGUACCGGAUCGGAAAGGAAGAAGAACAGAGUGGAAUUGGCAUUGGCCACCAGUUCACAAUCGGCCAUGUACAGACUCAAGACGGAUAGGUUGUCUGGUCCAGACGGCGUCUUGAGUCUCAUACCGCAAGGACACAAAGUUUUGGGGGACGACGAGAGAUUGAAAAGGGGUAGGGGCAAACCGUUUCCCGACAUUUUCUUGCUCGCGUUGGAAGUUGUGAACGAGACGGUGAGGAAGAAGGAAAACGAAAGAGAAAUCAAGCCGGCAGAGUGUCUCGUCUUUGAGGAUGCCGUGGCGGGAGUCGAGGCGGCCAGGAGGGCCGGGAUGAGGGUGGUAUGGGUCCCCGAGAAAUGGUUGAGGGACAUGUACGUAGGGAGAGAAGGGGAGGUGUUUUCUUCUGCCGGACGAAGCGCCGGAGAGGGAGAGAUGGGCAUGGACGGAGCGGAAGCAGGUGAAAGUGGAUGGGGUGAGGUUUUGUCGAGUCUAGAGGAUGUUGAUUAUGAAAAGUAUGGGAUCGUGGUGGGAGAUGAACAGUAAAGGAGGAAGAUUGCCCUUUGCUGCUGGAUGUGAUGGUCGUGUGAAUACAUUGAUAUGGCAAUCUUCCUCUCUCCCCCCAUCCAGGCUAGACUCGUGUCUACUACAGAUGACAAGUGACUAUGGGUCGAAAGAGAAAGUGAUUAUCUGAUGGUAGGAGAAACAGAACCGUUGAGGCUGUGGUGUAUGUUACACAAGAAUCUGGGCAAUUCUUCGGACUGUGGGAUCCAAUGUAUGAGUCUAGAUUGUUUCUAUCUUGCGGUUUUAUAU